GACAGUAGCAAGACUAGCAGUCAGUUCACCGCGAGCUUCGCGAGAGUUCACACGCGUGGGGGAGAAUCGCUUUCGGUCAGUUCUUUCGCGGAAAACUUUUUUGUAAACUCGUCUGUGUUCUGUGGUGGUUACGGGCUUUAUUGCUGUGAGGUGGUGUGUGUUUUUAACUUAAGAAGGCUCCCAAUGCGGCGGCGCCAGUGAUCACGGCAUCGACGAUGCACCAAUGCUCGCUCUUCAUACUUACCCUCCUAUGUGUCUCAGUCAAAGAUAUAUCAGGUAGCUGGGAAGAAUGGUGGACGUACGAUGGCAUAUCAGGUCCCGGCUUCUGGGGUCUGAUCAACCCUCAAUGGAGUAUGUGCAACAAGGGCCGCCGGCAGAGUCCGGUCAACAUCGAACCGGACAAGUUGUUGUUCGACCCCUGGCUGAGGGACAUACAGUUUGACAAGCAUAAGGUCAGCGGGGUCCUGCAGAACACAGGCCAGUCCUUAGUCUUCCGAGUGGAGAAAGACUCGAAGCACCAGGUCAACAUCAGCGGGGGACCGCUCUCCUACAGAUACCAGUUUGAAGAGAUCUACUUCCACUAUGGCAUGGGCGACAACCGAGGGUCUGAACACCAGAUCGACCACCACACUUUUCCUGGAGAGAUCCAGCUGUAUGGCUUCAACAAGGAACUGUACCACAACAUGUCCGAGGCUCAGCACAAAUCACAAGGGGUUGUCGGCAUUUCAUUGAUGGUGCAAAUUGGAGAACCCACGAAUAAGGAGUUGAGGCUCAUCACCAGCGCGUUCAACAAAGUCAUGUUUCGUGGCAGUUCGUUCCCCAUCAAGCACCUCCCGCUCAGCUCCUUGCUGCCAAACACCCAACAGUACUUAACGUAUGAGGGCUCCACUACGCACCCUGGCUGCUGGGAGACGGCCGUCUGGAUCAUCUUCAACAAACCCAUUUAUAUCUCCAAGCAGGAGAUGUACGCGUUGCGUCAGCUCAUGCAAGGGUCACAACUGACCCCAAAGGCGCCCCUCGGCAACAACGCCCGGCCAGUGCAGCCACUCCACCACCGCACUGUCAGGACCAACAUCAACUUUAACAAGCAAGGGGCUCAGGUCUCCAGUAACUGCCCAGAUAUGUACCGCAACAUGCAUUAUACAGCGACGCAAUGGCCUAGGGACCACAGCAUACGCUAUCGCAGUGCCGAAGACCUAUCUAUGCUAUCCCCUAACUAAUUGAAUGAUUUUUAUGUAACCUUUUUUUUCUUCUUUUAAUAUUAAAUACAACUUAAUUGUUUAGUUGGUAUUGUAGGUUGAUCCUAUUUUUAUACUCUUUUCUUAAAUUAAAAACUCAUGUGCAUUUUUGUCAUAGAAAUGUAUAACAAGAAAUUAAUGUCAAUGUUUUUACUAAUUUUUGGAAGCAUUUAAAAGUUAUUAUAUUGAAUUUGGUCAAUUCUCUUAUAAAAAAAGUUAUCCUUAUAGUUUCACAAAAAUAUAAAUUAUAAUGCACAAUAUUAUUAUAUGCUUACACUGUAUAAAAUGUGUACAUUAGAAUAGUUCCUGUAGAUUAAUAAUAUAGCAAUUAUAAAUUGUCAAUUGGGUAGACAAUAUCUUCCUUACAACUGUACCUAAGCAAUAUAAAUACGUACAUUUACUGCAAAGCUUCUUACUCCAUUUUUAUAAAGUCGCGUAAACCACAGUAAUACAAUAAGCUAAAAACAAUAAGAAAUCAAUUCAUUAAAACAAAUUACUAAUAAUUAGACCAGAAAUAAAAUAUGCAUAUUGUAUUUCUGUGGAAAUCAUACUGUGACCUUACAAUACAAAUACGUAGGCUUACGUAGAAAAUAGCUGUAUAUAAAUGUGUAUAUAUUUUUCUAGUAUAACUGAAUAAAGUAUCGUAAUUCGUCCACACUUUAAAGUGUAUUUAUCUACUGCAAUAUAAUUAUUAACUGUUAAAAUAAACGUUAGAGAGUUCGCGUGUAUAAGAUUUCUAAAAUGCUAGUAAAUGUAAAAUUUUGAAUUAUAAAAGAUGUACUUUAUAUGACUUUAAACAGCUUGUAUACAUGUAACUUAUUAGAAUUAAUAUGUAGCUAACUUUCAGCUAGCUAAGGCGUCGAAUCUUAUUACAUAAUUAGAAAUUAUACAGUUAAAUAUACAAUUGAAUUUAAAGUAUACAUGGCUUUAAAUACUUCUCUAAAAUAUAUCCUGCGUUACGCUGUGUAACAUCAUACUAAUGGAGGCUUAUGACUAGCAUUGUAUCAAUUAUAUAAAUACAAAAAUUAGAAGCUACUAAGGUUAAUUAAAAUAGAAACGUAUGCACAAACUAAGGUUCUUAAUUGGGGUAAUUAUUAUAUGAAUAAGUUAUUUUAAAAUUAAAAAAACAUUUAUUGAUUAUGUCAAUUUGGAAUUUUUUGAUCUUUUUAAUUUUCCAGGUCAUAAUGGUUCACAGUUUUUGAAUUUUUGUCGCUGAAACAAAGUCUUCACGCAAUCAUCUAGCAAAAAAAAAUUCAACAUAGUUAUCAUUGUGGUUAAAAUAUCCUAACAAUGGGGAUGGUCUAAAAAAUUAUUACUCCAAUUAAUUAACAUAUACAUAACAAAAUACUAUUUAUAUCGAAACUCCGGAGUUUUUUGUUAUUAGGUUUAAUCUAACAUUAUUCGAGGCUAAAAACUGUAAUGUAACAGCGGAAUUAAUGUCGUAGGAAGUAGGGCCUGUGUUGUUUGUUACGUUGUAAGUUUAAAUUUAAUGUAAUAAAAUAUAUACGCACUGUAA